CUGCGGAUGCAAGGCCGCAGCUGUCCCAAGGAGGCCGGACUAGAACUCUGCUUUACCCCUCUCCUGUCGGGACUGCUGGAGCUUACUUUCUGUUUUCGGGUGGUGGGGAGGGGCUGUGGAGCGGCUCUUGUUUUGUUGCCCCCAGGCUCCUGACGAUGUGGGACGUACUGGUGAAAGGUUGACGGCUAUGCCGGCAGCAAGCAAGAUGGAGUAUGAGUGGAAACCUGACGAACAGGGGCUUAAGCAGAUCCUGCAGCUGCUUAAGGAGUCCCAGUCCCCGGACACCACCACGCAGAGAGCCGUGCAACAAAAACUAGAACAACUGAAUCGGUAUCCAGAUUUCAACAACUAUCUGAUCUUUGUUCUUACCAAGUUGAAGUCUGAAGAUGAACCGACACGUUCCUUGAGUGGUCUCAUCUUGAAGAAUAAUGUAAAAGCACAUUUUCACAACUUUCCAAAUGGGGUAACUGACUUCAUUAAAAGUGAAUGUCUGAACAACAUUGGCGAUUCCUCCCCCUUAAUUAGAGCUACUGUAGGCAUUCUGAUAACAACCAUUGCUUCAAAAGGGGAAUUACAGAAUUGGCCUGAACUCUUACCAAAACUUUGCAGCCUGUUGGAUUCUGAAGAUUACAAUACCUGUGAGGGUGCAUUUGGUGCUCUUCAGAAGAUAUGUGAAGAUUCUGCUGAAAUUUUAGAUAGUGAUGUAUUGGACCGACCACUCAGUAUCAUGAUACCUAAAUUCUUGCAGUUCUUCAAGCACAGCAGUCCAAAAAUAAGAUCUCAUGCUGUUGCAUGUGUCAAUCAGUUUAUCAUGAGCAGAACUCAAGCUCUUAUGUUGCACAUAGAUUCUUUUAUUGAGAAUCUUUUUGCACUGGCUGGUGACGAGGAGCCUGAAGUACGUAAAAAUGUUUGCCGUGCUCUGGUAAUGUUGCUGGAAGUUCGAAUGGAUCGCCUGCUUCCUCAUAUGAUUAGUAUAGUUGAUUAUAUGCUUCAAAGGACCCAGGACCAAGAUGAAAAUGUGGCUUUGGAGGCUUGUGAGUUUUGGCUGACUUUGGCUGACCAGCCAAUUUGUAAAGAUGUAUUAUGUCGGCAUCUUACUAAACUGAUACCUGUGCUGGUAAAUGGUAUGAAAUAUGCAGAGAUAGAUAUUAUUCUGUUGAAGGGGGAUGUUGAAGAAGAUGAAGCUAUUCCAGAUAGUGAACAGGAUAUAAGACCUCGGUUUCAUCGUUCACGGACGGUAGCUCAGCAACAUGAAGAAGAUGGUAUUGAAGAUGAUAACGAUGAUGACAGUGAUCAUGAUGAUGAUACUCUUUCUGACUGGAAUUUAAGGAAAUGUUCUGCUGCUGCUCUAGAUGUCUUGGCUAAUGUAUUUCGUGAUGAACUUCUGCCACACAUCUUGCCCCUUUUGAAGGAGUUGCUCUUCCAUCCCGAAUGGGCAGUUAAAGAAUCUGGUAUCCUUGUUCUUGGAGCAAUUGCUGAAGGCUGCAUGCAGGGUAUGAUUCCAUAUCUUCCUGAGCUGAUCCCUCACCUUAUUCAGUGCCUCUCUAACAAAAAGGCUCUUGUGCGCUCCAUUACAUGUUGGACUCUUAGUCGCUAUGCACACUGGGUAGUUAGUCAACCCCCAGACACAUACUUGAAGCCAUUAAUGACUGAGUUGCUAAAGCGUAUUCUGGAUACCAACAAGAGAGUACAAGAAGCUGCCUGCAGUGCCUUUGCUACUCUAGAAGAGGAGGCUUGUACAGAGCUUGUUCCUUAUCUUGCAUAUAUACUUGACACUUUGGUCUUCGCAUUUAGUAAAUACCAGCAUAAAAACCUGCUCAUUCUUUAUGAUGCUAUAGGAACUCUAGCAGAUUCUGUAGGACAUCAUCUAAAUAAACCAGAAUAUAUUCAGAUGCUAAUGCCUCCAUUAAUCCAGAAGUGGAACAUAUUGAAGGAUGAAGAUAAAGAUCUCUUUCCUUUAUUAGAGUGCCUGUCAUCAGUUGCUACUGCCUUGCAGUCUGGCUUUCUUCCAUACUGUGAACCUGUAUACCAGCGUUGUGUAAAUCUGGUGCAGAAGACUCUUGCACAAGCCAUGUUGCACAACGCUCAGCCAGACCAAUAUGAGGCUCCAGAUAAAGAUUUCAUGAUUGUGGCCCUUGAUUUACUCAGUGGUUUAGCUGAAGGACUUGGAGGCAACAUUGAACAGCUAGUGGCUUGCAGCAAUAUCCUGACAUUAAUGUACCAAUGCAUGCAGGAUAAAAUGCCUGAGGUACGGCAGAGUUCUUUUGCAUUGUUAGGUGAUCUGACAAAGGCGUGUUUUCAGCAUGUUAAGCCUUGCAUCGCUGAUUUCAUGCCCAUUUUGGGAACCAACCUAAACCCGGAAUUCAUUUCUGUGUGUAACAAUGCCACCUGGGCAAUUGGAGAAAUCUCCAUCCAGAUGGGUAUAGAGAUGCAGCCUUAUAUUCCAAUGGUGUUGCACCAGCUUGUAGAAAUAAUUAACAGACCCAACACACCAAAGACAUUAUUAGAGAACACAGCAAUAACAAUUGGUCGUCUUGGUUACGUUUGUCCUCAAGAGGUGGCCCCCAUGCUACAGCAGUUUAUAAGACCCUGGUGCACCUCUCUGCGAAACAUAAGAGACAAUGAGGAAAAGGAUUCAGCAUUCCGUGGGAUAUGUACCAUGAUCUCGGUCAACCCCAGUGGAGUAGUCCAAGACUUUAUUUUUUUUUGUGAUGCUGUUGCAUCAUGGAUUAGCCCAAAAGAUGAUCUCCGAGACAUGUUCUGUAAGAUUCUUCAUGGAUUUAAAAACCAAGUUGGAGAUGACAAUUGGAGGCGUUUCUCUGACCAGUUUCCUCUUCCCUUAAAAGAGCGCCUUGCAGCUUACUAUGGAGUUUAACCUUAUGUGCUGUAGCUGCAGGCCCAUAAUUAGAGGUCCUUCAGUCUGGGAGACUAUGAGGGAGUCUCUGCACCCAGGGAAAAUGUUACCCUUUACUGGGGGGAAGGGUAAACCAGUAGGGAAUAGAGUACAAUCCCAACCCUACUGGGUGGGGUGGGAGGGAAGUGUUGCUGUCACUGUAUUAAGUUGAUGUUGGGAAAUGUUUUAACAUCUGGAGCCUUUGUGGGUGGAUAUCUGUUUCCUAUUACAACUCUGCAUUGGAUGUGAGGAAGAAGGAAAAAAAAAUAAAUCUAUUAACAAAACAGCACAUUCUGGACUAUUGUGGAGAAUUGUACCAAAAUAAGAACCAUAUAAUUGAACCAUAGGGAUAUAUAAAGAGGAAAACUAUUUUGCACACAAUAAAUGAAACCUAAGAAUGGGGGUCACAAACAGUAAAAGGCUUUCUUUUUUAUGUUGUUUUUGUUUGUUUGCUUGUUUUAAGUAAGGGUUUUCUACAUUAUUUCAUCUUGCUUGAUGGGAUUCCUAGGUGAUUUGCAUGUUUACGAAUAAGUAAGCAAAUUAAGUUAGUACAGUUAAAAUGCAGAUUGUGUCUGUAUUAGGAGCAGACAUUUGCAGUGUGCAGCUUAGAAACCCUGUUGUAAAUUCAUAAUCAUGGAGUCAUAGAAUGGUUAGGGUUGGAAGGGACCUUAAGAUCAUCUAGUUCCAACCCCCCUGCUGUGGACAAGGACACCUUCCACUAGACCAUGUCACCCAAGGCCCUGUCCAACCUGGCCUUGAACACUUCCAGGGAUUAAUAAAAGUUAACUUGGACAAAAUUAAGCAACCUGAAAGAUGCCAAAUGAGUUACUCCUUUCACUUUUGGGGUAAGGGGAGGGACACUUCAAAGGAAAGAUUCACAUAUUAAUUUUUACAUAAAAAGAAAAAAUAUCAAGUACCAGAUAUUUGUUUAUUGUACUUAAUUAAUUUAAUUUCUAGUGUAAAGAAUUUUUUCUUAACAUGCAGUUUAGGGUUCAUACAUGCAUUCUGACUCAUAGUAAUUUAAAUUAGUGGUAAAGUAGAAUGCUUGCAUCACAUAUGAGUGAAAUUGGUAUACAUUUACCUAUGUUGUGCCAGUCUUGUGUUGCAGUUUACCAAUUCAAUAUAGCCCUGCAUUUAAAAUUCCUUUUCUGAGAUUCUGUGGAUCUUAUUUUUAUUAAGAAUAUAAAGUACUGUAGCUAACAAUUAGGUCUUGAAACACUUUUCUAGGAUCUGUUAAGAUUAAGACUGAUAUUGUAUUGUGUGUAACCUGCACAAUGUGGAAAACUGAUAUAACUGUGCAAGAUAUUUGCCUCUGUGCUGUCAGUGUGAUGUGCUUUCUGCAUGCUUAUAUGCUAGUGAUUUUUAGCAGAAUCUCUAAAAGAGUUACAUGGUAAGACCUAUUAAAGGCUACAUAAAUGUUAGUUGACACAUAAAGACAAUUGUAGAAGUCAGUGACAUGGUUGCUAUAUUUGUGUGUAUUCCCACUCAACAUAUUACCUUUUAUGCUUUCUGUUCACAGCAUGAUCUUAGAGGUGUUUAACGGAUGUAAUGUAAGGUAUCUACAAUGUAUUAGCGCAUGUUGAUAGCCCUUUGCAAUGUAGGUAAAUGCACAAGCGUAAAAGUUUAAAGCUACAGAGUAAAAGUUGGUUUGGAUCCUCGUCAUUUCAUUUGUUUAGCUUUUCUGUUGAUGUUCUGGGUUUUUUUUGGUUGUUUUGAGUUUGGUAAUUUUUCCCUCUAUACUUACAUGUAUUCCUGUGAAUAAACCCUUGUUAACUCUUUA